UGGAGAAAGAAUUAAAAGCGAGUGUGAUUCUUGUUAGCAGCCGAAAAAGUGGAGCGCUCAUAGUAGAAGUUGUUGCAGUUGUUUAAUUUUCAUAAUUUUUUCAUUUUAGUCGUGUUUAUUUGUACUUUGCUUUGAGUUUAAACAAUUUUAUAGUUGCUACUGCUGUGAAUUCUCCAUACUAACGCCGCUAUUGCCACAGUUUGGUGCUGUUACCGCACAACGACUUUUUCCUGCAUAUACGGCAUUUAAAAAAAGGGGGAAAGAUUUUAACAAACAAAGCCAAGCAAAAUGAUUAAAUUAAAGAAUUUAUCGAAUGUUGUCAACAACACAACAGUACGCGCCAUAGCUACCUCAGCACCACUCAACGACGCCGACUCAUGGUUUUCCAAGUUGUUGGUGCGUAAAAUUGAGCCAACUAAAGAAUCGCACAGCCGCAUGCUUAGUGAUAAGGAAAUCAUUUAUGCCUUGCAUACGCACAAUGUACGUCCCGGUUAUAUGGAUGAUUAUUUGAAAAAUUACAAAACCUCAGUACAGCUGGUGAAUGAUAAGAAGGCGAAUUUGUCGUGUAAUUUGGUCGCAUCAUGGACCGUACAUGUUGGUGAUAUGGAUCAAUGUUUGCAUUUAUGGAAAUACACUGGUGGUUUUGAGAAGAUUGAUAUUGCCAAGGAAGAUUUAUGGCAUGAUGAGGAGUAUGUGAGUUUAAUGAAUGAGCGCAUUAAAUACUUACGUUCACGUCAUUUACAAUAUCUGCUGGCAUUCAGUUAUUGGCCGAAAAUCGAUUUUCGUUCAGACAAACAUAUCUACGAAAUGCGUUCAUAUCGUCUAAAACCUGGCACAAUGAUCGAGUGGGGCAACAAUUGGGCGCGUGCCAUUAACUUCCGUAAACAUAACAACGAAGCUUUUGCUGGUUUCUUCUCGCAAGUUGGCCGGCUUUACAAUGUGCAUCAUAUUUGGUGCUAUAAAUCCUUAUUGGAUCGCAAGGAGACGCGUGAAGCUGCUUGGCGUUCACCCGGUUGGGAUGAGUGUGUCGCAUACACUGUGCCACUUAUAAAAGAUAUGCAUACACGCAUUUUAGCACCAACUGAGUUCUCGCCAACACAGUAGUGCAAACGUAAACAUAUAUACUACUAUACAUAUUGGUUACAAAUAGCAAACUUUUUUAGUGCCUCCUGCAAAUUUAUUUUUAAGCGACAAUUGUGUUUUUGUGCUAUGCAUACAUAUAAUGCUAACAAUUGAUAGAGGAAAAGUGAAUUUCGUGAACGCACAAUAUUUAAGCCAACUAUACAGUGAUGCUUCCACAUACAUAUACAUUUAAUUGCUUUUAUUUUCGAAAUUCGUCGUAUAUUAUGUGCUUUUUUUACAUUAUGCUUAAAGUUUGUGAAUUUAUUUAUUAUGUUGUACAGUGUUGCGCUGUCUUUUUGAAGUUAUAAUUUAUAAAAAUCAAUUCUCAAAGAAAUGUCACUACGAAUUUUCGUGAUAAAUUACUUAUUGCACAUAUUUAUUUGCCAAGCAAAAGAAAAUGUUACACUAAAAUCAAAAAUUAUGAAAUUGUUAUAAAAUCAAAUAUAUCAUUAAGAAAAACA